ACAAUUCCCAUACCAAAAAGGAGGAUUCCAAUAAUCCAUCAUAUAGUAAAUUUACUCAACCCCCAAAAACAGAAUCUAAACAAUUACCCCACAUCUCAAACCCUCCUCUCUUUUUUCGAUAUAAUUUGUGUUAUCUUUUUAAUCAACCACUCACCUUAUUAGGGUUCUAUAAAUACACCCUCUUUCCCCUUCUUCUCUCCCACACACCAAAAAAUAACAUACCUUGUUUUCUCAUUAUCUCCCAAUCUUCCCCCAAUUUAUUCUCCUCAAUUCCAUUAAACAACAAAAAUCCCUCAUCAAAUUUGUAACUUUCUCUCCUAUAAUCUGCAUUCUGUUCUUUUGUUGGAUGAUUGAAAACAUAUACAAAAGAAAUAUUAACAAACAAAAGUGUGAAUGUUUUAAUGGAGUCAAAAGGUGGUAAAAAGAAGUCUAGUAGUAGUAAUAGUAGAAUUCAUUACGAAGCUCCUCUCGAUUACAUCAUUGAAGACGUUCGACCUAACGGUGGUAUUGAGAAAUUUCGAUCUGCUGCUUACUCCAACUGCGUGAGGAAACCAUCCUGAUAUUUCCUGUGGUUUUUGGCUGAUUUAAUAGAGUAGAAUUUUACGUCCAUCAUUAUUUUUUUCGUUUCUAUUUCAAUCUUUUUUUAAUUCAGAAAAAAAAAAACAGAUUUUCGGAUUUGAUGGAAAUCGUCUCGGGAAUUGGGUUCGAGGGUUUCGAGAAACGUCUCGAAAUAACAUUCUCUAACCCGGCCGUUUUCACUGACCCGAAUGGGUCGGGUUUACGGUCUUUGACUCGGUCACAACUCGACUCGAUUCUAGACGCAGCUUCAUGCACUAUUGUAUCCAAUUUGUCGAACUCAAUUUUCGACUCGUAUGUAUUAUCCGAGUCGAGUUUAUUUGUGUACACGAACAAGAUUAUUCUAAAAACAUGUGGGACCACAAAAUUGCUUUAUUCAAUAGACUCGAUUCUGAAACUAGCCGAGUCCGUGGGACUCACUGUGUUAAGUGUGCUCUACUCUAGGGGUACUUUUAUAUUCCCAGAUGCACAAACUGCUCCACAUAGAAGCUUCUCCGAGGAAGUCAGUUACUUGAAUGGGUAUUUCGGUAAUUUAGCAUCUGGUUCCCACGCCUAUGUUUUAGGUGAUCCUACGGCUAAAAAUCGUUCAUGGCAUGUUUAUUCUGCUUCAGAUGUUACUGACGUGGAGGAUCGGACGGAUGUUGUUACACUUGAGAUGUGCAUGACAGGGUUAAACAAAGAAAAAGCGUCUGUUUUUUAUAAAAAAGAGGGACAUUUGGCUAAGGAAAUGACGAAAAUGUCCGGGAUUGAUGACAUCAUCCCAAGUCACGUGAUCUGUGAUUUUGACUUUGACCCAUGUGGAUACUCCAUGAAUGGGAUUGAUGGUGGGGCCUACUCUACUGUGCACGUGACUCCUGAAGAUGGGUUUAGUUAUGCUAGUUAUGAAGCUAUGGGUUUUGAUCCGGGUUUGGUUUGGUUUGAAACGGUGGUUCGGAGGGCACUUGGGUGCUUUGACCCGAGUGAGUUUACUGUUGCUGUCACGUGCUUUGGAGGUGGUUUGGCACGUGAGUGGGUGAGUAUGGGUGGUGGUGAUGUGGAGGGUUUCGUGUGUAGGAGUGUGGUGAAGCAAGAGCUACCCGGUGGGGGAUUUAUUGUGUAUAAGACGUUUGUGGCUGAGACACCGACGUGUGUGAUGCAUGCGCCUUUGCCGAUUUUGGCUUUGCCUUGUUGGGAGCGCGUGGAAGUGGUGGAGGACGGUGGGGAGAUGGCGGCGUGUGGUAGUGAGAUGGGGGCUUAUGGUGGUGAGAUGACGGCUUGCGGUGGUAGUGGUUUCAUGGGAUAUAAUUUUGUGCCGCCUGUUUAAUUAUCAAUAUAUGUUGCUUUGAUAACUUAUGUUUUUUGUCAAUUUAGUUACGUUGAGAAUUUAACCCAAAAAAAGUUAUGUUGAGAAUAAAAGGUCUCGAUCAUGACAUGAAUUAGUGCUUAAUUGUGAUAAUUAAUUAGAGUGCUACUUGCUUGUCUCAUGUGGAGGCAAUGGAUCAUAUGGAGUAUUGUCAAUUUCUAUAAAUUCGAGGUUAUGAAUUAUGAUUAUAAUGACUAGCUUUUGUUUUA